AUGUCUGGUGUUGGAGGUUGGAGGGGUGGCAGCAGGUACAGGAUGGCUGCUGCCUCCAGUACCCCAUUUUCUUCUCAGGGUUACCUCUGGGAUGGCAACAAUAGAAGGGAGGAGAAGGCUGAAAAUCCUCAGAAGCUGACAGCAUCUGGAGAGGAGAAAUGUGGCCGAGCAUCGGUCAACCAACAACAACAGCAAAAGCAUGGUGGCGCAUAUGUCUUGAUGACUCCAAAUGAAACCAGAAGAAACCAGUUAAAGCGAAUUGCUAAGAAAGAGCUAGAUGACCUGGAACGGUGGAGGGAAGAGCAUAAGCCAGGGCCAAUUAAGAUGGUUCCACAGGUACUGGGUGGAAAAGAAUCAGAAGCUCAAGCAAGGCAAAACCAGCAAAUGAUGCUCAUGCAAUCUAAAUACCAGAAAAAGCACAAGAAAGAAGAAUAUGUAAAAGCAAAGAAGGCAGCUGAAGAAGCUGAAAUCCUGAAAAAGAAAGCAAUUCAGAGAGAGAAGGCAGAGAGACUUGAAGUUAAAAAAAGGCAACAAGAAAUGCAAAGAAGAGAGAUGUUCUUUGAGGAUCAAAAUUACAAAACCAAUGAAUUAUUGAACAGAUUGGAGUCAGGUUUGCCAACAAGUGAUUCCUGUCAGAUUGCUAAUCAUGGCCCAGAAUCUACAGCAUGGGCUAGGGGCCAUGCUUACAAGCAAGCUCUUCGAGAGGAUGAAAACAGAAGAUUAGAGGAAAUGAAGCAAGAACAACGGAGGAAGGCUGAAUUAAUGGAAUUUCAACAAAAGCAGAAAGAAGAAGCCAGGACAAGAGCACUUCGAAAUGAACAGAGGAGGGUAAAUAAUGCUUUCCUGGACCGACUCCAGAACAAAACACAACCUAGUAGCAUCCACCACCCGGGAUAUUCUGGAAGUCUGGACUACCCCAGUAGCAGUGCACAGAUGCAUGCCUGGAAGACUUGGGUUCAAGCAUCUACAAAGUCAGGACAUCAUAAAGAAGCAGAUAUUCUUGCUACUGAAGUUUUCCAGAUACUUGAACUGGAAAAAGGAGUGCCUUAA